AUGCAACACAAUGGACCUAUUCGGAAAUUUGUCUUCGAUUUCAAGUUUGAGCGUGACAUAUCAAUCAGUAAUGCGCCUAAUUCUCGGAAGUUUGACUUUGAUCAAUGGUUCCUUUUUAUCACUCGAAAAGGUGUUGAAGAAAUGAACAUUACUUUUCCAACAACUACUAUUGCAACUUAUGAAAUAAAUAAAUACUUCAGGCUCCCAAAUUGCAUAUUUUCUUGCUUAACUCUCAAGAGGUUGCAUCUCAGCGGAGUAUUAGUUGCACCAACAAUAAAUGCCUCUUGCAUAUUUCCGAAUGUCACUGAACUUAGUUUUGACGAAGUUGUUUUUGGUACUAUUAAAUUGGAUUGUGUUAUAGAUGUUCCUAUGCUUGAGACUCUCUCAUUUAGCUAUUGUGAAAAUGCGUCAUAUUUCAACAUUAAGGCUCCAAGGCUUGACAGAUUAACACUCAAUGAUUAUGAAAUUGAAGAUGAUAUUGAGGUUUAUCGUGUUCUCCCGGUUAACUUGGACUUAUGGCAACGUGAACUAAAUAUGGAAUGCUUGGAGUUAUCAUCUGUCAAAUUUCACGAUGAUUAUGAGUUUUCUUCAUUUAUUCAUUCAUUACGAAUAUGCCCAAAAUUACGCAAGCUCGACAUAAUGAGUUUAUGGUUUGAUGCAAGAAUCUCUGACUCUAUACUUUGGGAUGGACUGCAAAGUGUGGCUAAAGUGCAUAAAAUGUUUAACACUUUCAAGCUUAGAUUAUUCAAUGGAUGGAGGUCUGAAUUGCAAUUCAUCAAGAUGCUGCUUGCUCACUUUUCCGCACUUGAAAAGGUUGUCAUUAUUCGUCGGGCGGAUCUUGACUCCCAUGAUCAGUUUGAAGUCAUGCAAAAGCUUUUACAUUUUCCUCGUGCAUCAAAGAAAGCAAAAAUCAUUUACAUAUAA